UCAAUUAUUAUGUAUUGUCUGCUAUGAGAGAACAGGUGUUUUCUGGGUUGGCAUCAGCUCUGCCAAAACAUAUACAGGAAACCAGAUAGAAGGGCAUGCGUCAACAUACCAAGUAUAACCGCUUCAGGAAUGAUUCAGUGACAUCAGUUGAUGAACUUAUCCUCAAUUUGUCCACGAACACCAGCAAGGUCUCAACAAUUGCCACAACCUCAGCAAUAUCAUCCUCAUAUGUGGUUUCAACCAAGGUUCUCCAUAAAGACCAGGAGGAUGGACCCACCACGCUUUGUACUCUCAAACAUAAAGUAUCUCACUUGAAAUUCUCCAGCUCCAGCAACCUUUUGGGCAUCAAAAGCCUGCCUUCUGCAGUGAAGGACCUUGCUGUUUCCAAGUUGCCAGGCAGCUUGAGUGUUUCUAGCUCAGCAUCAGGCGCUUCAGACAACACAUGUAACCUUGUCUCUGCCACUCUGUGUUCUCAGCAGAACACAAGCAAGAUGAGCACAGGGAAAAAAUUUCAGUCAGAGGAGAUGCAACUAGGAGGUGAAGUCUGCAAUUCAAAUAGCAUUUUUGUCAAUAAGCCUUCUGGAGGGUGGCUGCAUUCAAAUGAAAAGAUCCUGGGACCUGGUGUGACGUUUGAAGUGAAGUAUUUGGGAUGCUUAGAAGUUUUACGCUCAAUGAGGUCUCUUGACUUUAGUACAAGAACUCAGAUUACAAGGGAAGCUAUCAGCCGUGUUUGUGAAGCAGUACCUGGUGCCAAAGGAGGCUUCAGAAAACAGAAGCCACCACGGAAAGUCUUAUCCAACGUCCUGGGAAAGAGUAACCUUCAGUUUGCAGGGAUGAACAUAACCUUGAAUAUAUCCACCACUAGCCUAAACCUGAUGACACCUGAUUCAAAACAGAUUAUAGCAAAUCAUCACAUGCAGUCGAUUUCCUUUGCGUCUGGAGGUGAUCCGGAUACAACAGAUUAUGUUGCAUAUGUAGCUAAGGACCCUGUUAAUCAUAGAGCCUGCCAUAUACUGGAAUGCUCUGACGGCCUGGCUCGAGAUGUUAUCAGCACUAUAGGUCAAGCUUUUGAGCUUCGAUUCAAGCAGUAUUUACAAUGUCCUUCAAAGAUACCUGCUCUUCAUGACUGCAGGCAAAGUCUGGAUGAACCAUGGACGGAGGAAGAGGGAGAAAGAGCAGAACAUCCAUAUUAUAAUAGCAUUCCCAACAAAGUGCCCCAUACAGGGGAGUUUCUUGAUGUUAGAGCAAAGACCAGAAUUUGCUCUACUGACACAAGCAAGACUGCAGGAAAAGAGCAAACUUACUACCAGGGACGGCACAUAGGAGGCAAAUUCAGUGACGAUUGGCAUCAUGCACCUAUUCAUCAAGGUUCUUUGGACAGCUAUAAUAUGCCAGAAGGAAAAUCCCAAGUAACUCCUCUAGGAGAGGCACCAAUCUAUGUGAAUACUCAACGUGUAAAUAUUCAAGUUUUGCGGGCCCUUCAGGUUGAUGGUGAAAGUGUAUUCAAUGAAACGGUAGACACUAUCAAAGACAACAGCCCGAGAAAAGACUUAUUUGACAUGAGACCUUUUGAAGAUGCCCUCAGGAACCAAACCAUGGAACCUUUGUUGAAUAAAGCUAUGUCAGUGGAAAACACAAGUCCAAUUUUAUCCAGAGCAGCUGACUGGAGAAUGAUGGAAGAGUUGAAGGCAGAGCCUUGGUAUCAAGGAGAAAUGAGCAGGAAAGAAGCAGAGCAGCUACUAAAAAAAGAUGGAGAUUUCCUUGUCAGAAAAAGCACUACCAAUCCAGGAUCCUAUGUCCUGACAGGGAUACAUAAUGGCCAAGUCAAGCACCUUCUUUUAGUUGACCCAGAAGGAAAUGUUCGAACAAAGGACCAAGUUUUUGACAGCAUAAGUCACCUCAUCAACCAUCAUCUUGAGAAUAAUUUGCCUAUAAUAUCAGCUGGGAGUGAACUCUGCCUUCAGCAGCCUGUGCAAAGGAAACAGUGACCCUUCAGCAACUUAAAAUCUCCGUCUUCUGUGAGCUCUGUUCACUGGUCAUUGCAUACAUGAGACGGUUUAAAUCCAAAGUGCAUUCUUGGUUGCUUUGUCUCUCAUCUUGAGAAGACCAGGCAAAUCAGAAAUUGGGAAUGCAUGGGGCUUAAUAAAACUGAAAACUUUCUUAAAAUAUGAUUUUAAUAACAUUGUUCCAGUCCCUUCAUGUGCAUUUUUGAGGUGUACAUCUCAUACAUCCUGUGCAAAUACAAUCUCUGCAUAUAUUUAUAAAGCCUGUGAAAAAUAAGACUAAUAUUGUUUGAUGUAUAUUUUUUAACUAAAAAAAGGUUCAUUGUGAUUGUAUAGGUGAAAAUGUAAUUGGACUGUUUUGUUACAUUGGAAAACAAUAAGGAGAAUGUUGCUUUUAAUUUAGUGAAUAAGAAUAACUUAAAAAGAAGAUGUCAGGUUGACUGAUAAAGAUGGAACUUAAAUAGGUCAGGUCAAACUGCUAUCUGGAAAUUUUUGUUUGGAUCUGUGUUUGAAGUAUUAUAAAAAGCAUUUUCUCCUUAUAAUAUAGAAUUUUAAUUCCCCCAAGAUGCUUGUACCUUGCUCUGACAAUGACAUGGUAUGAUCUCUGUGUAAGCAUUUGUUUUCUUCAACAAUAGGUACCAUAUACUGCAAUUUAAUAAAUGGAAAUCUCCUUUAUAGUUAUAAAUGUAACUCAUUGACUGAAAUGAAG